ACAGACGCUCAGAGCGCAGAGUGGAGACCGAGAGAGUCGUCGCGAGGGGGAACACUGUGUGGGAAAGCCAAUGGGAUGAAGAGUUGAUAAUAGAUGCAAAUUAUCCCUGAAACAGACACCGGCAAAAAUAUGAAACAACUCAUUUGCAGAGGAGUAAAUCACGGAAAAAACGUUUGAGAGCUUGGCAGGCAUCCGCGCUAUACCGGAAUUGUGAUGCGCACGAACCCUUCCUCUUCUUCUGCGCUGGAGAUUUUAUGGAAUCGGAGUGAUUGUUGUGGCUGGCUACCGUUAUUCACUUCACUACCGGCUUGUUUGUUGUGGUCGGGAAAAACACAACAGUGAAACACACCAGUGGCUGACCUGUCUUUCUUUUUGUAUGCUGUUUGUCUCUCUUCCAUCUGCUGAAAAGUCACGACCAAAAAAAUUGUAUCACAAUCCUACUAAUUCUUACUUCUCAAUCUUCUAACAAUCCAAAAAAUAACGACUCCUUCCAACAAAUCAACGAUGAGUUCCUAUUUCGUCAACUCGCUGUUCUCUAAAUACAAAAGUGGGGACUCGUUACGUCCGAACUACUACGAGUGCGGCUUCGCACAGGACCUCGCUGGCAGCCGACCCACCGUGGUUUACGGCCCCGGCUCGGGGGCAACUUUUCAGCACCCUCCGCAAAUCCAGGACUUUUACCACCAUGGGGCCUCCACCCUACCCAGCAAUCCGUACCCGCAGAGCCCAUGCGCGGUCACAUGCCACGGCGAGCCCGGUAACUUCUACGGAUACGACGCCCUCCAACGCCAGACGCUUUUCGGGGCUCAAGACGCGGACCUGGUGCAGUAUAGCGACUGUAAACUCAGCGGAGCGCCCGGACUAGGUGGAGAUGACGCGGAAGGCACCGAGCAGAGCCCUUCGCCGACCCAGCUCUUCCCAUGGAUGAGGCCACAAGCUGCUGGCAGGAGGCGAGGCCGACAGACCUACAGCCGUUAUCAGACCCUCGAGCUGGAGAAGGAAUUCCUAUUCAACCCCUAUUUGACCCGUAAGCGCCGCAUUGAGGUUUCACAUGCCCUGGCACUAACGGAGAGGCAGGUGAAAAUAUGGUUCCAGAACCGGCGGAUGAAGUGGAAGAAGGAAAACAACAAGGACAAGUUCCCCAGCAGCAAGAGCGAACAAGAAGAGGUGGAGAGGGAAAAGAGGGAGAAGGAACUCAGGGAGGGUGGGAGUGCUGGGGGAGGAGGGGGAGCGGGGGGUGCGGGCAGCGUCGCCGGGACGGCCGGGUCGCAGUCUUCCGCCAGCGACGAAUGCUGUGACAAGGACAGCAAACAAAUGUAGAAUUGAAAAAAAACGUAGGGAGAGUAGGAGCGGUGAAAUAUCAUGGAGUUGUGAGUGUAUAAAUCACGGACUGUAUCGUUGAAGGAACUGAUGGCGGAACCGAUUUUUUUUGUCAUACAGUGUGAGGCCGUUGGACUAAUCAAGUCAACGUUUCAAGAACUUUAUGAACUUAAGUCUCCAGAAAGGCGACUUUGCUGGACAUGACUGUAGGCUAUAGGACCGCUUGCUGGGAGACGUUAAAACCAUCUUGACUUUGGGAAUGAAUGAAACUGGGAAUGAAGUAUUUGUACUUUUGGACAAUUCGUGUAAAGGUGUAGGGCGCCGAGUCAAACACACACACAAACAAAUAUAGUCUCUAGUGUCUAAUACAAACAAAACAAAACAAAAAACUAAGAAAAAUGAUAGUUUUCUUUCUAUGUCGAACAAUUAUCGUGAAAACAUUUCUAUAUUGUUAGAAAACGAACAUUAACAAUUUUAUCUUUGGCAGCUGUAUAGUUUUUAAGUUAAGAUGAUGAUGGUGCACUUUUUACUGUUCUUCUCACUUAUGUGGUUGUUGUUGUUUUGAAGGUGAUAGAUGACGACUAUAUUAUGACGACUUAGCAACUUAUGAAAAUUCCAACAACAUGAAACUGCCUAUUUAUGCCGUUUUAGUAGCCUAUAAGUCUUAUCUCUUUUUUACUCUUGAUGCCCUUACUUGUUUUUUGUUCGUUUUUUGAUCGAUUGUGUUUGUUUAUGUUCUCUUACUUUUCUCUGUUUGGGUAAAAAGCAUGCGCACAGUGCAAAUAAAGACUAUUCCUAAAAAUUUAAAAAAAAAGAGGAUAACUGUAAUAAAAAUG